AUGAAACUUCAGUCUAUCAUCAAGCGUGUGGAGUUGCAUCAUGUAUCCUCGUGGAUGAACGAUGAUGUCCGGCCAGUUGAGUCUGAGAGACGCACAUGGAGCUUUCGUACUUUUCAUAACUUCUGGUUGUUAAUCAACUGCAACCUCUCGACGUUCCUUACCGGUAGCGCGCUUAUUCCGCUAGGCUUAACGUGGUGGCAGGCCAUCAUCACUAUCGUUAUUGGAAACAUGCUUGCCACGGGUGCACUUCUACUGAGCUCCUUGGCUGGAUCAUACUACCACAUCAACUUCCCCGUCUUUAGCCGAGCAGUCUGGGUCUGGUUAGCCGUCUUCACCUCCCCUCUUAUCAUAUGUAGACCCUUUCCUUACGAUGCCUAA